CACGGCGAACCUGUCCCCCACUCGCCCACGGAGCUAUGCAUGUACUCACUUGACCACCAGCUCCAUGCUGAGAUGGCACUCUACUUGUGAAAGUGUUAUUGAACUGCUACAAAAAGGAGUGAAACAUGCAGCCACUUCACCCCCUACUCUACUGCCCUCUCCCCGUCCCUCCCAGUCACUCGAUGCCCAGCGACACGAACAGUCCGGUCCUCGACAGAUGCCCCAGCUGGCCCCACUCGAACUGGCAGUCCUGAUCGCCCAGGUGCUCAUUGAAGCCCUUGACCGAUGCGCGAUGGUUGUCCGCUUCCAUCGCUUUCCUCCUCCGCACGCUGCUAGUGCUGCUGCACCUGCUGUCGGAGUCUGGCAUUCUCGGCCUCAAGUCUGGCAUUCUCCUGCCGAAGCCUCGCCACACCCUGCUGCGGGGCAGGCGUGGCUGGAUGGUCGACCUCCAUCGCACCGUCAGCACAAUCCGCCAAGCCGUCGCCCUGGUCCUCUCCGGCAGAAGGAUCGGCAUCCGCUGCAACAACGGACGGCAGAAGCAGACAGACAACCGGGGGAUGAGUGACGUCGAGGUGUUUGUCGUAGAGAUGGAUGAAUGGAUGCCUUACUGACUGACUAACGUACCGGCAAACGGGUCGUUCAUGUCUUCUGGCUGCGGUCCCGUGCGGCUGAGAGAGUCCUGGUCGCCGUCAUUGUCGUACUCCUCCUCCUGGCCCUGCAUGUCGCCGCCGCCGAUCUGUCCCUCUGACGCCUCGCCACCACUGCGGCCGUCAUCGCCCUCCUGAGACGACUCACCGCCACUACUGCGGCCGUCAUCGCCCUCCUGAGACGACUCACCGAAAAUACUGCGGAAAAUACUGCGGAAAAUACUGCGGCCGUCAUCGCCUUCCUGAGACGACUCACCACCACCACCGCCAUCGGCCCCCGCCCCCGGUGCUGCGUGCGGCUGGAAUGACUCAGCGAGGGACACAAAGGCCCCGCUGCUCUCGAUGUGACCCAGCCGGCCCCACUCGAACUCGCAGUCGUUGACUAUGUGGUCGUUGAAGCCCUUGACCACACCAGUCAGGCCAUACCUGGCCACCUCGUCUAGCCGAGCCUUGUGCACCACCUCACGCAGACCCAGCAGCCGAUGCUUCCCGCCCCUCUGCCCCGCAUCGAUGGCGAAGCACUGCAGCGGCGGCACGGUCACCUUGACGUGCUUGUCGCCCUGCUGCUGGUAUCGCGUCCCUCCCACCACCUCUUGGUUGCUGCUCGUGUGUGUGGCCGCCGACUUAACGAAGUGGCCGACGGCCGCACCCACGCGGCGCCUCAGCAGCGACUCGCCGAUGAGGUACUCGUUGAUGGCGGCCACAGCAGCGGGGGGCUCGUGCAGGAAGGCGCCGAUCUUCCAUGCGAUGACCUCUGCCUCGUGUGGGCCGAAUGCCAUGUUGGAUGGGGAGGGGUGGGGGUGGGCGCCGUCGUGGUGGGGGGCGAGGGGCAGCAGACGGGCGAGAAGCAUCGAGUGGUCACGCUGGGGGGCAAGGGCAGAAUUGAUGGCCGACAUGACGGCGGCACACAGCUCAUUCAGCAGUGUGGCAUACUCGGCCAGCACCAGCCGGCGGCGGCGGCGGCUCACCUCGGUGAAGGUGAACAUGCGGGCAAUGGACGGGGCAGCCCCGCCCCGCAGCAGCACACCGAUGGUGGUCUUGUACUCGCGGAUCCAUCUUUGGCGCCGCUCCUCCUGUUGGUGCUGCGACUGUUGGUGCUGGUCCAGCUGGUCGGCAGCGAUGGCGACUGGUGGCGUGUUGGGCUGGAUGCCUCUGUUGACGUCAUGGCCUGUGAGCUGGCGGCACAGCCAAUGAGCCACACAGUAGGAGCCAAACGAUGCCGCCAACUCCAUUUGCGUCCUGCCGAAGUUGUCUGUCGCCGUCGUGUCGGCUUCGUGGCUGGUAAUGAGGGAGAGGUACGCGUCGAUGAAGGACUGGGAGAAGAUGCGUGACCUCCUGAUUGCCAAACGGACCAGGCUCUCUUGAUCGGACCGUUCGGCUGCGAGUGUGCUGUCGUGUUGGAUGAGCCAGCGAUAGAUGUCCAUGAGAGAGUCCUCGUACUCGCGAGUGGCGGAAGGGGCAAAAUUCUCGCGCCCCCACGUGAAGUGAGGGUGAGGUUCAGCAUCGGGGAAGAAGGGAAGCUCCAUCACCCAAAUUCCCCGCACGUUGGCCUCAUGUCGAGCCAGGAGGGCCUCCACUGCCGUCAGAUUGCCAGCACAAAUCGCCACUUUGACGGGCCGCUGUACCGGCCAUGCGCCCCCCUUGACGUCCGCGCCGCCGGCAAUGAGUGCAUCGAUGACCUCACGCUGCAUCUGACGGGAGGGCCACUGCGGCGCGACGACGGGCACUUCCGGGCAACCAUAACCGCUGGUCGCGACGAGGUAUGGUCUGUCUGUUGGGCUGUCGAUGGCGAAAGACAGGCAGCUGUACUGCAAGAACGGGGAUCCUGUGGCGCCGCGGACACGAAGGCCGCCGGUGGCUCUCGGGUCAGCUCCUUGACGGAUCAGCUGUGUGACUUGCGCCCCACUCUUGAUGGUUCGGCGAAUGCAGUCCUCCAGCAGCUGCCGACUCAGAGGAGUGACGCUCGUAUCAAGGACGAUGACGACUUUAUCCAGCUUCUUGCAGCCGGGCGGCACAGCAGCAGGAGGUGCUUGCGAUGCGGCAGAGGACGACUGGGCCAUCACACCACGUCGCAAGCCUGCGCGGACAGAGAUACAGACACAGACACAGACAUAGACACAGAGACUCACACAAUCGCUUGCAAGCCUUCUUUCUUCCAACGGACCUGGUCAGCCAGUCGGUCAGUUGACGGCCUCACAGCGAAGACAUCAACGGCAUCUGCAGUGAGAACACAGAGAUGCCACCCCAGCCAGUGUUGCUUUGCUUUUCCAUCACAGCUCAUUUAUUCGGUCACUCAGGCCUCAUACCAUCAGCGGGUGCACCGGCAGGCCAACCAGACCCCAAAGACAAACGCUGCUUCUCCGGUUUCUUCUUCACAGAUGGGUCAACACCUGACCAACGCGGCAAACAAAGAGGUCUCGCAGGCUCGAUCUUUUCGUUUUGAUUCCUUCCUUACUGUGUCUGCUGACGUGGAACAAGCUGUGAAAGAGCCGCUUUGCUUCUAUUUUCUCCCUUGUCGAGUGCUGCUGGCGUCGUCACCUCUGGGGAGCGCCUGGCUGUCGUUGCUGUCGCUGCUGUUCAUCAAGGAGAUCCCUGCAGAUGGCCUCCCUCACGGUAGUUUGCAAUUGACGUGCUGCGUUUAGGUGACGCCCGUCCGUCAAAG